ACUAAACACUAGUCGAAACCAUUUGAGCCCUUCUCUCAUCAUUUUGGCCUCGAGAUCACGAUCAUGGCGGCCUCUAGCAUUCGCCUCUCACCUGCGAUGACGAAGAAACCCCGAUUGCCUUCAGCCCUGACAUCUUGUUCGCUCAGAUUCAGUACGGUCGAUCUUUGCUUUUUGAGGUCGCGGCGUAGCGUCCUCGUCAUCAAGGCGCGCGGCCUUCCGGAGCACAACGGCGAGCAGUCGGCGCCCAUAUUGAACCCGAUGCAGUCUCCGGUUUCCCCCAAAUCGGUGAGACGCCAUACGGUCUCAGUAUUUGUUGGGGAUGAAAGUGGAAUGAUAAAUCGUAUAGCUGGUGUCUUUGCUAGAAGAGGAUACAAUAUUGAAUCACUUGCAGUUGGCUUGAAUAAAGAUAAGGCUUUGUUCACCAUUGUGGUCUCUGGCACUGAGAAAGUCUUGCAACAGGUUGUAGAGCAGCUUCAUAAGCUUGCAAAUGUUAUAAAGGUGGAAAAUUUGUCAAGAGAGCCGCAAAUUGAAAGGGAAUUGAUGCUUAUAAAACUCAGUGUUGACCCUCUUAAGCGCCAAGAGGUUCUGGGUUUGGUUGAUGUUUUUAGAGCAAAAGUAGUUGAUAUUUCUGAAAGCUCCAUCACAAUUGAGGUAACUGGAGAUCCUGGGAAAAUCGUUGCAGUGCAGAGGAGCUUAACCAAGUUCGGAAUCAAAGAAAUUGCUCGGACUGGCAAGAUUGCUUUGAAAAGGGAGAAAAUGGGAGACACUGCCCCUUUCUGGAGAUUCUCUGCUGCUUCUUACCCAGAUCUUGAGAGCAUUAACCAUAUAACUACACUUAUUCAGUCUACUAAUACACCAAUGCAAGGAAAUCUGGAACAAUCAUCAGGAGGAGAUGUCUAUCCAGUGGAUACUUCUGAUAGUAGUGAAGUCACUCAAAUUCUAGAUGCACAUUGGGGUGUCCUUGAUGAUGAAGAUUCAAGAGGGCUUCGUUCACAUACUCUAUCCAUCCUUGUAAAUGAUGUUCCUGGAGUCCUAAACAUUGUAACAGGGGUGUUUUCUCGAAGGGGCUACAAUAUUCAGAGUCUUGCUGUUGGUUCAGCUGAAAAAGAAGGUACCUCUCGCAUUACUACUGUGGUCCCUGCUACUGAUGAGUCUAUUGGCAAACUACUACAACAGAUCUACAAGCUUAUUGAUGUUCAUGAGGUUCAUGACAUCACUCAUAUUCCUUUUGCUGAAAGAGAGUUGAUGCUUAUAAAGGUUGCUGUGAACACUGCAGCGCGAAGAGAUAUCCUAGACAUUGCUGAGAUUUUUAGAGCCAAAACUGUAGAUGUUUCUGAUCAUACAAUCACACUUCAGAUCAGUGGAGAUUUUAACAAGAUGGUGGCAGUGCAAAGAUUACUGGAGCCAUAUGGAAUCUGUGAGGUAGCUCGAACUGGACGAGUUGCUCUAGUUAGAGAAUCCGGAGUAAAUUCUAAAUAUUUACGUGGUUAUUCUCUUCCCAUAUAGCUCUUUUUCAUGAAACCAACGUCACCCAAAGCAACCAAAAUUUUGCAUGAUCAAUGGCGUCUGUUCUUGCUGAAAGAAUUUCUGGCCUGUUAACGGCCUCUCAUAUGUGCAUGUUAAGUCCUUUUUCUUAGGGAAAUCAUCAAGAUAAAGUGGCUGAAAUUUUGGCAUUUGGAGGUAAAAUUAAGUUUUGUUUGUGAGGAAUCUAUCGUGCUCAAUGUAUCCCCUUUCUUAUUUAUUUAUUUAUUUUUUUUUGUGUUCACUCUUCUAAUUCAUCAAGAUUUGUGUUUGAGUCAAACUAAUCGAGCAUUUUCUUCAGAUUCA